UCCUGGAGCUUCCUGUGUUUUGAAAGGAUAUCGAAAACGCAUGAUCUUUUGUGUCAAAAACGUAAUUAUUGAUAAAAUAUCAAAACAUGGCGGUGAACACAGGCACAUCCCUGGUUCUGUCCAGUCUGUUCUCUGUGUUGGUGUUUGCUGGGAUGCAGAUGUUCAGCAGACAGCUGGGCUCUACAGAGUUGCUCACCAUCCUGGGAGGCUUCCUGGGCUCUGUCCUCUUCAUCUGCUCCCUCACUGCCUUCAGUAACCUGGAAAACCUCAUCUUCGGCAAGGGAUUCCAGGUCAAGAUCUUCCCAGAGAUCCUGGUGUGCCUGUGCCUCUCUCUGUUUGCCUCUGGGCUGGUGCACCGUGUGUGUGUCACCACAUGUCUGAUAUUCUCUCUGUUCGCCCUCUACUACAUCAACAAAGUGUCUGCUGCUCUGUACCAGGCAGCCGUUCCCACGGUAAUGCCAGCCAAGGCUCCCAGCAAGGGCAAGAAAAAGAACUAAGUCACCAAUAUAGAUCAA